AUGUGGCGGCGCGCGAUUGCAUGGCGCGUGGGGUGCUUCGACGAGAAAGAGCAGUGCGCUCUGCGCUCCCCCCGUGCGUCGCUCGGCUUCUCCCUUCUGCGACCCAAGCCCGUGGCUAAGCCGCCCAGCAAGAAGCCCAGGCCCAGGGAUGUGAUGGGUACCGCUGCUGCUGUGAAGCCCAGAGCGGUGCAGAGCGGUCAAGCCACCGUCGCAGCUGCAGCAGCCAAAGCCACGCCAGCCAAGACGACGCCAGCAAAGGCGACGCCAGCUAAGGCGACACCGCCUAAGGUCACGCCAGCUAAGGUCACGCCAGCUAAGGUCACGCCGGCUAAGGUCACGCCGGCUAAGGCGACACCUGCUAAGGUGACGCCAGCCAAGGCGACAGUUGCUAAGGCGACAGUUGCUAAGGCGACAGUUGCUAAGGCGACAGUUGCUAAGGCGACAGUUGCUAAGGCGACAGUUGCUAAGGCGACAGUUGCUAAGGCGACAGUUGCUAAGGCGACAGUUGCUAGGGCGACAGUUGCUAGGGCGACAGUUGCUAAGGCGACAGUUGCUAAGGCGACAGUUGCUAAGGCGACAGUUGCUAAGGCGACAGAUGCUAAGGCGACAGUUGCUAAGGCGACAGUUGCUAAGGCGACAGUUGCUAAGGCGACAUUUGAUAAGUCGGUGACGCCAGCCAAGGCGACGCCAGGCAAGGCGACGCCUGCUAAGGCGGCGCCUGCUAAGGCGACACCAGCGAUACCAGGUAAGGUGGCACGUGCAAGUCCUACCGCUGCGGUGGUUGUGAAGGCUGCAGAUGCAAGCAGCCCAGCAACAGCAGCAGCAGCCACAGCAGCUCCCCACAGCCUGUCGGUGGGUGUUGUUGGCGUGUGUGGAAUCCCCAGACCUGCCAGCAGUGUGGCACCAAGGAGAGCCGCAGCAGGAGUGACGGCCAGUGGCAUUCCCAAGCCAGGGAAGACGGGAGGAGAGGUGGAGGAAUGUGGUGAGCUGGAAUGUGGAAGCAUGGCAUAA